CUUUAUUUUUAUUUUUCAACAUAUCGGAGAGAGAAAACAAGAAAAUGGAAAUAGCAUGGUCCACUAAUAUUGUUAUUGCUGCAGCCACAGUAGUUGUGUUGCUUUCAUGGGGAUGGAGGGUCCUCAAUUGGUUAUGGCUGAGGCCAAAGAAGCUUGAGAGGUUGCUAAGAGAUCAAGGCCUUCGAGGCACACCGUAUAAGGUUCUAGUUGGAGACUCGAAAGAUUUUAUGAAGAUGCAAAGGGAAGCAAGAACCAAACCCAUGAACACCUCUGAUGACGAUAUUGUUCCUCGUACGCAGCCUUAUGUCCUACAAUGCUUCAACGAAUACGGGAAUAAUUCUUUUUUCUGGUUUGGAGGAACACCAAGAGUGAUUGUCACAGAUCCUGAGCUAAUCAAAGAUGUAUUCAACAAGGUCUAUGAUUUUCCGAAGCCAGAUACAAAUCCAUUGAUCAAGUUAUUGGUUAAUGGUCUUGCUGGUCAUGACGGUGAGAAGUGGAGCAAACAUAGAAGAAUAAUCAACCCUGCAUUUCAUUUAGAAAAGUUGAAGAUUAUGGUACCAAUAUUCUUCAAAAGCUGCAAUGAUAUGAUAAAUAAAUGGGAGAAAAUGUUGUCAUCGAAUGGAAGCUGUGAAAUUGACGUGUGGCCUUUUCUUCAAAAUAUGGCCAGUGAUGUCAUUUCUCGCGCAGCAUUUGGAAGUAGUUACGAAGAAGGAAUACGAAUAUUUGAACUUCAAAAAGAGCAGCUUAAACUUACAAUGGAAAUUAUAAUGACAGUUUACAUUCCCGGAUGGAGGUUUUUACCUACUCCUGUCAAUAGGAGGAUGAAGGAAAUUCACAGAGAAAUAAAAACUUCACUUAAGGAUAUAAUUAAUAAGAAAGAGAAAGCACUAAAAGCAGGUGAGACAACUAAAGAUGACUUAUUGGGUAUACUGUUGGAAUCAAAUUAUAAGGAAAUUGAAGAGCAUGGAAAGAAUAAGAAUAAUGGAAUGAGUCUUGAAGAUGUAAUCGAUGAAUGUAAAUUGUUCUACUUUGCGGGACAAGAGACGACUUCAGUUUUACUGGUUUGGAGCAUGGUGUUACUCAGUAAGCAUUCUCAUUGGCAAGCUCGAGCAAGGGAAGAAGUCUUUCAGGUCUUUGGUAGCCAAAAACCACACCUUGAUGGCUUAAAUCGCCUUAAAAUUGUCACUAUGAUAUUAUAUGAGGUUCUCAGGUUAUAUCCACCAGUACUUGGGCUUACUCGAAAUACCGGCAAAGAUAUGAAACUUGGGGACCUAAAUUUGCCUGAAGGAGUCCAAAUUUACUUGCCAAUUGUUUUGGUUCACCAUGAUGUUGGACUUUGGGGUGAUAAUGCAAAGGAAUUCGAUCCUGAAAGAUUUUCAGAAGGAAUUUUUAAGGCAACAAAUGGCAAAGCUUCUUUUUUUCCAUUUGGAUGGGGUCCUAGAAUCUGUAUCGGACAAAACUUCUCGUUAUUAGAAGCAAAGAUGGCUUUAUCAUUGAUUCUACAACAUUUUUCAUUUGAACUUUCUCCGGCAUAUACUCAUGCUCCGAUGGUUAUGGCUACACUUCAUCCACAAUAUGGCGCUCAUAUCAUUUUACGUAAGGUGAAAAUAUAAAAAUAAUAAUAUGCUCGGGACAUUUAGUUUUUAUGAUGAGUUAAGAAUGUGCUAUAUCUAUUUGUUGUAAAAUAUUAAGGAGGGUAAAGAGAGAAAAAAGAGAAUAAAAGAAUACUAUCAUUCUUAAUAUUUUCUGAGAUGUAUAUCUUAUAUUUGAUACCUUCUGUAAUAAUACAAUCAAUUCAACACACUUGUAAUUUUCUUAAGAAAACAAAUUGAUACGUUUCUUCACCUUGUGUUGUCGUGU